AUGGUGAAUUUGGGUGGACAACUACUGCCUGGAAUCACCACGUUCUCCUGCAACACCAGCACUUCUGGUCAGUCUACCUUCCUCCUCACUGGUUUUCCAGGCCUGGAAGCCUCUCAUCGUUGGGUUUCCAUCCCCAUCAACCUCCUCUGUGUGGUUUCCAUCCUGGGUAACAAUAUCAUCCUCUUCCUGAUCUGCACAGAUCCAGCCUUACGUGAACCCAUGUAUAUCUUCCUGUCCAUGUUGGCAGCCUCUGAUCUGGGCCUCUGUGCCUCCACCUUCCCCACCAUGGUGCAUCUCUUCUGGCUUGGAGCUCGUGAGCUGCGCUUUGAUCUCUGUGCAGCACAGGUGUUCUUCAUCCAUGCCUUCACCUAUGUGGAGUCCAGUGUACUGCUGACCAUGGCCUUUGAUCACUUUAUUGCCAUACGGGACUCUCUGCAUUAUGCCACAAUCCUUACCCGCUCAGCCACAGCCAAAGUGGGAACUGCCAUUCUGGUGAGGGCUGUUCUGCUCCACUUCCCGGGACCUAUCCUCCUGCAGCAACUGCUCUUUCCCAAGAUCAGCACUCUCUCUCACUGCUACUGCCUGCAUUGUGACCUUGUGGGGUUGGCCUGCUCAGACACCCAGAUCAAUAGCCUGGUUGGCCUGGUUUACAUCCUCUUCUCACUGUGCCUUGACUCCUUCCUCAUCAUGCUCUCAUAUGCCCUGAUCCUACGAACCGUGCGGGGCAUCGCAUCACCUGGGGAACGGCUCAAGGCACUCAACACGUGUGUCUCACACCUCUGCAUUGUUCUCAUCUUUUAUUUGCCCAAAUUGGGGCUGUCUGUGUUGCACAGAGUAGGGAAGCACAGCUACCCUGCUCUGGCAGUGCUCAUGGCCAACCUACACUUCUUGGUCCCACCCUUCAUGAACCCCAUUGUGUAUUGCAUAAAAUCUAGGCAGAUUCGUCAGAGCCUCCUAAAGCGCUUCCAGCAGAAGAGGAUUGAUGCUUUCUAG